AAAAACACGAAGAACAGUAAAUAUAAAUAAAUAAAUAAAUAAAAUCUACACAAACCCUUCAAAACCUCCCAAUCCACACUCUCAAUCUCACUUCCAAUCCCCAAUAAUCCCAAUCCAUGAGCCGCUACGACAGCCGCUCCGCCGACCCCGGCUCCUACCGCGACCGCCGAACUGAUUCAGGGUUUGGUGGUGCUUCGAGUUACAGUGGAGCUCGUUCAUCGUCGAAGAAGGACUACGAUGGGGCAGAGUCACCGCGCAAGUUGGAUUUGGAUGGGUUGACUCCGUUCGAGAAGAAUUUCUACACAGAGUCGCCUGCUGUGGCAGCAAUGUCGGAGAGUGAAGCUGAGGAGUAUCGGAAGCGAAGGGAAAUCACCGUUGAAGGCCGGGAUGUGCCCAAGCCUGUCAAGGCUUUCAGGGACGUUGGGUUUCCAGAAUACGUCAUUCAAGAAAUUGUAAAAGCUGGCUUUACUGAACCCACACCUAUUCAAGCUCAAGGAUGGCCAAUGGCUUUAAAGGGCCGUGAUCUAGUUGGAAUUGCUGAAACAGGUUCAGGAAAGACACUUGCCUACCUAUUGCCUGCAAUUGUCCAUGUCAAUGCUCAGCCAAUUUUAGCUCCUGGAGAUGGUCCCAUUGUGUUAGUUUUAGCUCCAACCCGCGAACUUGCUGUUCAGAUACAGCAAGAAGCUACAAAGUUUGGUGCAUCAUCAAGGAUUAAAAAUACCUGCAUAUAUGGUGGGGUUCCAAAGGGGCCCCAAGUUCGUGAUCUCCAGAAAGGUGUUGAAAUUGUUAUAGCUACUCCUGGAAGGUUGAUUGAUAUGAUGGAAUCUCAUCAUACGAACUUGCGAAGGGUUACAUACCUUGUGUUGGAUGAGGCAGAUCGAAUGCUUGACAUGGGCUUUGAUCCUCAGAUUCGAAAAAUUGUUUCUCAGAUUCGCCCAGAUCGUCAAACCUUGUAUUGGAGCGCUACGUGGCCCAAGGAGGUUGAACAACUUGCGAGAAAAUUCCUUUACAACCCAUACAAAGUUAUUAUAGGUUCUCAAGAUUUGAAAGCUAACCAUGCAAUUCGCCAGCAUGUGGAAAUUGUUUCUGAGAAUCAGAAAUAUAACAAAUUAGUUAAGUUGCUGGAGGAUAUUAUGGAUGGUAGCCGGAUUCUGAUAUUCAUGGAUACAAAGAAAGGGUGUGACCAGAUCACUAGGCAGCUUCGCAUGGAUGGCUGGCCUGCUCUCUCUAUUCAUGGAGAUAAGUCUCAAGCGGAGAGGGAUUGGGUCCUUUCGGAGUUCAAAGCUGGCAAGAGUCCUAUAAUGACUGCAACAGAUGUUGCAGCUCGUGGUUUAGAUGUGAAGGAUGUGAAAUAUGUGAUCAACUAUGACUUCCCUGGAUCGCUGGAGGAUUAUGUUCACCGCAUUGGCCGAACAGGAAGAGCUGGGGCCAAAGGAACAGCAUACACUUUUUUCACAGCUGCAAAUGCCAGAUUUGCAAAAGACCUUAUAGUUAUCCUUGAGGAAGCUGGACAGAAGGUCAGUCCUGAGCUGGCAGCAAUGGGUCGUGGUGCACCUCCUCCUCCAGGUCAUGGGGGUUUUCGAGACCGUGGGCGGGGAUACGGUGGUGGUCGCCCUUGGAGCUAAUGAAACUCGGCUAUGAACAGGAUGCCAGCAAGGAAUAACAAUGGUGUUACUCGCACUGUCAUGUUGACUUGUAGUUGGUGUUGCUUUGUGGAUAGCACAUACUUGCUGGAGUCCCAUUGAGUAGUUCUGUUAAGUUGGUGGAUUCUCAUUUGUAAAAUUAAAGAAGACUCUUUUGUGUUCAAGGGGAGUGCCCUUGCAUCUUUUGCCCAUAUGAACUGGAUACCCUAGGAUUGAUUUAUCUCUGUAAGAUAAACACCAAUUUACAUUUUUUCCCAAGUUCUCAGAUUUGCUUCCAUGUUAA